AUGGCUAGGCUACGCGUUUUAGAUUUGACAAGGCUAGUUAAUGUUGCAAAGUAUUCAAAGAAAGCGUGGAAUGAUGUUGUAACCUCCGCGAGGCGCGACAUAUUCGGCUACAAAUCAGGAUACCCUGGAGAAGAUGAAUGGAUAAAGCCUUUGCAAGGACCAAGCAGGAACCGUUGGUACUGGCCGAGCAAAUACUUGCAUAUGGACUUCACAAUACGGUAUUACUUGGGCAUGCAAUUACAAAGAUUAAAAGAAAAGGAAGAAAAUCCAACGAUACAUGAUCUUUGGGAUACUAUUUGCCAAUUUAGAACUCAUAGGAUCUACAUCGAAUCAUUCCUCAGGUCAGUAGACGAGGAAACAUUCUCAAAGUCGAUCACCAUACAAGAUACACACGCUUUAUAUUAUUUAAUAUUUCAGAGAUCACCGCUAAGGUUCACUCCUAACAGUGCCUUUUUUACUUGCCCAUUAAAAAAUCCAAAGUACGAUCCUUUCAUUAAAUACGCACUGAGGGUGUUUAUGGAUCAAAGUCUUGAUGAAAAGAAAGUAGAAAAGGUGGAUCUGCCACUUAGCCAAAAAUUGAGGCAGCUACUGCAAUCUAAACCAUCAUUGCUGAAAUGCUUUAAUACAAGGAAUAGAUUUGUUAACACGUUUUACUUGAGAAGGAGGGCAUAUCACUUGGAAAAACUUAGCAAAAAGAGAAAGAUUAGCGAAACUAGAAGAAAGUAUAGAGCUCACUUUUUGACACAUCCAGAUAAAAAGGAAAUUUGGCCUGAUAACAAGGGAAUUACACAGUAUAGAUGGCCAUCUAGAUAA